GUCGCUGUCAACAACCUUCGUCGUUUACGUUUUAGUUACAUGAACGGCAGUGCAGUUUUCGUCUUCGCAAUUUAAAUUCUGAAUAAUACCUUCCAAGUUCAGUGUCAGUAUUUAUUUGAAAUUAAAAUUUGUGAUACCUACUGUGGGCACGGAGAUUUAAAUUUCCCGAAUCACUUCUUGUGUGAAGAUUUAACCGUUCACACGCGGGCGCCCGUUCAGCGCGUUAAGAAUUUCUGAAUGUUCCAAUUUGAAUUUGUUCGUCAUCCUCUUUUUCUUUCGUGAUCAUUGUCUUCCACAGCUCAUACCUCGUUACCUGUGACCGUCGUCGCUUUUCUGUAGCCUAGGUUUUAAUUUUCAUGACACCCGGACAUAAUGAAUGUUGAUGACUUUUUACGUCACCGGGGCUUGCUUUUGGCAACGCUCGGUACCGGUGUGAUAAUUGGUGCAACAAGCACCAUUCUCUACCACCACAUAAUCUCCAAAAAAGAGAAGGAGAAGUUGCAUUUUGGAAUGCAGCAACUGGAAAUAGCAAUCAGAGAUAUUAGAUCUGAACUGGAACGACUGAGCCUAUUUCUCGCGAAAAAAUUCGGCUACCUCAGAUCGACGGCUCCGGAAACUAGUGGCAGGAAGCGAAGUUCCGAACUGAGACGUGUGAGGAGCAACGCAGACACGCAAAGUAUAACAACAGACACGAUGUACUCCGUGGUCAAUACCGACGACGAAGAAAGCGAGUUCUACGAUUUCAGCUCCGACGUCGAGGAGGCAGUCCCCAGCAGGCAUGGGAGGACUGAAUCAGAAAGUGAAGAUAUGUUACGUGGAAUCGAUCAUCUUUUAAAAGGCUCAAAUCCAGAUAAAAUCAAAGCGUAUGGACUGCUUUUAGAAAUGAAUGAGGAGCUCGAUGGGAAAGACCCAGAAGUAUUAUGGAGACUUUCUAAAGUUUGUCACCUAUUAGGCCAGUAUGAGGAAUCUGAAAAUAAUAACGACAAGUACAAGCAGUUCAUUGAAAGUGGUAUUGAUUAUGGUAAACAAGCUCUUGAAUUGAACAAUCGAAGUCCAGAAGCUCACAAGUGGUAUGCAGUCAAUAUUGGCUCUAAAGGACGUUACUCUGGAACCAAAGAAAAAAUACAGAAUGGCUAUGAGUUCAAGAGGCAUAUUGAUGAAGCUUUAAAAUUAAAAGAUGAUGACCCAAUUUUACAUCAUUUACUAGCUAGAUUCCAGUAUGAGGUGGCUAUCUUAUCAGCAAUGGAGAGGAGAGUUGCAAAGUGGCUGUUCUCUGAAGUGCCAGAAGGGAAAGUAACAGAUGCAAUUGCAGGAUUUUUAAAAGCUGAAGCCUUGAAUGCUGAUCCAUGGAAAGAAAAUGAAUUCCUCUUGGCCAAGUGCUACAUUCAUGAAAAGCAGUAUCAAGAUGCAGCAAAAUGGUUAGACAAAGCUCUCAAAACCAAGAGUGAUAGUCCUCAGGAUAUCAAAAUGGACAAAGAAAUCAGUAAGCUAUUGUCGAAGUAUACAUCUUAUCUUGAAUAAAACAUGUGCCUUCCUCAAGUGACCGUUGCCCAAGUUUAGGAUUUAGGAACUUUUAGCGAGCUCUUUGAUUUAGAGGGAUGUAUGAAGUUAUUUAUUUACAAUUUAUUCUCCUCUUGAUCCAUUGCACAUCUCUCGAAUAUCACAGGACUGUGUUUGGUUAAUGUGUUUGGUAUUCAUCAGAAUUUGUUGAUCGUUCUUCAUAUAUUUUAUAUAAAUUGAUCAUCGCUGUUUUUAAUCUCAUCUCCCCAUAAGUUAUUUUAAAAAAAAAAAAAUGUUUUGUGUUAUUUUUAUUAAAUUAAUAUGUAAGAGCGUAUAAUCAUUAAAGUAACCAUGUAACUUGUUUUGAGUAAAUGAUACAAUUUUUUGUUAUGAUUUGCAUAGGUCAAAGAUGAACUGAUUAUUGUUUUAUUGUUUCCUGCGAUUUCCAGGUGUAAAAUCUUGUUGGCUUUCUCAUCUACUUUUAUAUUGUUAUUGUGUGUAAUUGAAUAAUGCCAUAAAAGAAACUCAAUUUUCUAGGGGCUCUAAAGCUUCCUUUCCAUCAAAAUAGUUGCAGGGCAAGCAAGCUGCCCAUUUUUAUUUUUAUUUUAUUUUGUUUCACAAGAAUAAUACAAAUCUACUCAGCAAUCGAAAACACAGGAAAAUGCGGAAACAAGGCUAAAAUACUUAUAUGUAUUUUAGCAUUGUUUCCGCAUUUUCCUGUUUUUUCGAUUGUCGUUUCCGUUUCGGGCUGCUUUUACAUUCUCUUUGUUUUCCACGCUACUCAGCAAUUGUGAUCAACUCCGUUUUCAAAUUUUUGAAAGUGUUAUAUUUUCAUAUCAUGGCACCCCAGUAGAUCUCACUUUUUUGUGGAUUUCUCAUUGUUAAUGGAUCUUUCUAAAUGAGUUACUUGGAGGAUGCCGAUCUCAUGUUUUCAACUCAAAAAUCUCAUCAUGCAUUUCAAUUUUUCUUACUUUUUUUUCAAAGCUACUUAAUCCCACCUUUUUAUCUAUCCCUACAGAACACAAUAAAAAAAUAAUUGUUUACUUGUAAAAACAGCAUUUAUCAAUCUUCUAUUUGUUAAUGAAACUAGUGAAGAGUGUUGUCAGUUACUUCUGUAUUAAUGCCCUUAGAUUUUUUUUUUUUCAAUCUAUAAGUUAAGGCCUCUCUUAUAUAACUGCAGGAAAUUUUAAAAAGGCUGCAAAUUUACGAGUCUAGAAAAAUCUGCCUGGACAGUUUUACUAUCAUCUUAUUACCUAAUUUCUUGUUCUUUUUUAUAGAUGCACCAACAGUUUGCACCAUUGUCAUUGAUUUUAAUGUUUAUUAGGUACAUGGUCUUGUUAUUUUAAUAUCUCUUACAAAUGUGGAUUUUUUGGGAUAGGGCAGAAUAUUCAAGGGUCUUAAUAACUUAGAAGUCGUUUUGGCAAAAUUUUGCUCAUCGAGCAAUCUGCAGUUUCAAAAAUGCUGAAAUACUGAAGGCUCUUUUAUAUUGUUUAAUCUCUGAAGAACUUUCCGAUUUUGUUCUUCUACCUUUUGCAGUAUUAUUUCAAUCCCUGGACCUACUUUAAGCUUUCCAGAUUUUUUCUAUGUUUUUUUCAAUUUAUAAUUUUAUGAGAGGCAUUUGUAAUAUUUUCAGGCUGGCAUGUGCAGCAUCCAUCAAAGCAAAAAUGCAGUCAAACUUUAUUAAUUCUGUUCAUUGUCAUUAUGACUCCAAACCAAGGCAACUUUCGUAGCUAGGCUCAAAAGAGAUAGAUGAUGUCCUCAUCUUUUGUGUCUAAUGGCAUUUGAAUUGAGGUUUGUGUUCGCUAGCUAUCUCUGAUGUCAAAAAUAAUUAUAAAGCCAUACUCAUAGCUGUUCCUUAAAAACAGCUCCUUUUUGUAGGAAGCUCCAUAUGGUUUACAUGGUGAUUAAGGGAGGUUUAAGAAGAUUCUUAACCAAGCAUAAUAAAAAGAACAAUUUCAACACAAUUUGAGUAAAAUUUAACAGCUAAACAAUGGAAAUAGAUCCUCACAGUGAUUACAAAACCUUGUCCUCAAAAAAAAUCCAAAGUACGGAAUAAAAAUUCUAUAAGUUUAACAAACUUUAAGGUAACGACAAGCGAACCUUCAAAUUUUCAAAACUUGCAAAAUUCAUCCUUCUGUAUUAACAAUUUUUUGCAGAGGCUAAUCAUUUUAAUCCCUUGUAACAGCCUGUUCCUGAAAUUUUUUUGUGGAAUUUCACUCAAUAGUCACUAAAAUCGCCCUUUUUAUAAUGCUACAUUAAGGAUCUUUUUAAAGUCUCCCUUAAUUAUAUUGUAAACCAUAUGGGGCCUUCCUAAGAAGAGGAGCUGUCUAAAGAAUGACUAUGAAUACAGUCCCUCAUGGGGGUUCAUUUUAUGGGCACGCAAGUCAUUUCAAUCAUGUUUGAAUCAAAAGUCCUGGCCAUGCAUUCUAUAAAUCAAAUGUGAGUCGCAAUGACCAAGGAAAUAAAGUUAACGUUGAUUUUUCUCAGUGCCAAAGUAGUGCCCAAGUUCGUCCAACUGUGAUAGACUCUCGUAGGUUCUUCCAUCCAAACAGUUAAGAUUCUAGCAUUUUAUGUAUGAAUUAAGUGUGUGUAUUUCGAAUGAUGUUAAAGGGAGGGAAAACUCAGCUCCGAUGCAGUACCUGUUUUUACUCCAGUUCUUGUAGUACUUUUACAAGCUUUGUGGUUUUAUGAUAUGGUUUUUGGUUGUUCAUUUAUUGAUUUUUUGUUCCAAUUCAAUAAUUUCAAGUCCAAAAACUAAGCGCCAUCAUGAUUUUCAGUACACUUGAAGAGCUUGCAUAUUGCAAGUAAAUACUAAAAUUAUGUACUAGCUUUUAACAUUGUUAGGAGUGGAAAUAUUGAGUGACAAAUGUGUCAAAAUACAAUGUGUGUGCUCAAAUGUUUUUCUUAAGAAAGUUUCAUAUCUAUGACCAUUAAAUAUCUAUGAUAAAAUUUUACAUUCCAGAAGUUGAGGGACAUAACAUUAGGCCUAAUAUUCAUGCUUAGGGUGCUUCAUGGUCAUUCCUCUAUCAGGUCUUUGCCUCAGGGAGGCUUCAUAAGGUUUAAAUUGUGAUUAAAAAAGGUUUAAAAAGUCUCUGGCACAUCAUCAUGAUGAAAAACAGCUUUGACAUAAAAAAUAAGAAAUACCAAAGAAAGUAUAUUGCAAUUCUGCAAAUAUAUGAUAGGGUUCUACACUGAAUUUUGUUAAAAUUGGAAAA